CGAAAGAACCUGAUCAAAAGCGACGUUUGAAUGUCGAUAAAACGGAUAAUGCGCAGCUUUUUAAGCCUUUAAUUUUUUACUACUCGGUCGAUAAAGCAAAUCGCGACGUAGUGAACAACGAGGUCAGAGCGAGACUACACCCGUAACGAUCCCGUGUUUGAAUUCAAGGUUUUCGCGGAAACGAAGUAUGAAAGAUGCUAGUAAUCGUUUGGAAUCGUGGUCAUCCGCGUCGUCGUUGUCUUUCAUCGUCGUACCAAAAGCAAACGUAUGGCAACCUCGUCAACCUCGAUACGCCUUCGCCAAUGAUAAGAUAAAGGUAUAGCAAACGAAAGAAUAAUUGUAAAUGACGGAGCGAUAUGAAUCGCCGGAAGUAAAGAUCGUAUUGUCUAAGGAAGAGAUUCAUAAGAGAUAUCAAGACAUAUCCCUAAUCAUAUUUAAAGAACAAAGUAAGAGAGAAGUGAAUUAUUUAACUUUUGGAACGAGUCGCAGAACGAUGGAGUACAGUAAUUACGGAAAUCAUCCCGUUAUUGUGCGGAGACCAACUGGCUCUUUGACAACUCGCAACGAUGAAAACAUAUCUUCCCAAAUACUGAGGAUAUAUCGAAAGCCUCGAGAUAGUUGUGCAAUAAAUUAGUUUAUGCCUCAAUUAUGGUUUUUAAUUUUAAAUUAAAUCGUCGAUUGUUCGUUUA